CUCUCUCUCUCUCUCUAUCUAUCUCUGGCUCUCUGUCCCUCAGAGUGUGUGUGUAUGUGUGUGUGUGAGGAAUACCCAGCUGGUCCCACAAGCCCUAUAAUACCAAGCACAACAUGCUUUACCUUCAAUGAAAGCUGAGACGGGGGACGGUUGACUGCUGGUCCUGAAAUCAGCUCAGAGCUCGGAUACAAAACUAGAAGCGUCGCUGCUCUCUGUGUCCCACUACACCUUGUGCUGUGCGCCGGAACUUUUACCAUUUACUGACUGUAGGUAUUUAGGCCUGCAACUUAUCACAAGCAGAGAGGCAGCUUGGAUAACGCUUUCUUUUUUCCUGCCCACCUUCCUCUCUUGCUGUGACUGGUGCCAAAGGUUGUGGUAUCAUUUUCUAACACAGGAUUCCUCAGGUGAUGGUAUGUCUUGUUGGAGAUAGGGAGUACUUUUGGAAACGUGCUAGGUUUUUCACAACUAUUGUUUUUUCUGCUAUUACGUUCGCUUUGGCUCAAGCAUGGCUUUCUACUCUCGGCUUGUGGUCGUGCUGCUUUACGGAUGGACUUAUCUGUGCGUUGGAUACUGCGCGAUGCUGAAAACAGACAAUAUUCCCGAGAGACGAAAGGUGGAUUUUACGCAUUCGGUGGAUAAAAUGCACCCAAUGAAAGACGACCAGGAUCUGCUUUUACAGGAUACAAUGACAGAACACAUGCAGAUGCUUUACGCGAAGUACAAUCGGGCUGGAUUUCCUUUCAAGGACGGCAACACUAUCCGCAGUUUCAAAGCGCACUGGGGUAUGCUCAACAAGAAACAACUGCAGAUUUUCAACCUCACCUCCCUCACGAAGACAGAAGACAUUCUGUCAGCCACUCUUCAUUAUUACAUUGGAGACCUUCAGAACAGCACCCAGGGCUGCUCCAGGUCCAAAAGCUGUGGCCGCCAUGGCCCCCGGAGACACAGCCACAUCCACAUGGUCAUCUGGAGUUUUGCCUCUGUGGAUAACAAGAUGAGGACUCUGGGCCAUUUUCGGAUCAAUGUUUCCACCCUCUACAGGGACUUCAUAUCUUGGCAGUGGAAGGACAUAACUCGUGUGGUCAACCAGGCCAAAAACCAUGAUGAGCUGCUCAUUGGGAUUGAUGUGACUUCACAAGGGCCCCAGCCUUGGAAGAAGCUCCUGUCAGACCGCUCACCCUACAUCUUGGUCUACGCCAAUGACUCUGCCAUUUCAGAACCUGAAAGUGUGGUAGCCACUCUCCAGAGACAUCACCCAGUAGGGGGGGAGGGCGCGCUGUCACACGGCUUCCAUAAACUGGGACUGCAUGAACAAAACAACACCGAACAAGAACAGCCACAGCCCAGGCAAAAGCGCUCGGUGAACGUUCUGCUCCCAUUACAAAACAAUGAACUUCCAGGGCCCGAGUAUCCAUAUGAGACAGCCGGGUGGGAUGAGACAAGUCCAUAUGAACCUUUUGAAAACAAGCAGGCCCGUAGGCCACGUAAAAAGUCACGCAAGAAUCAGCGGCACAAGAUGCCCCUCCUGCAAUUCGAUGAGCAGACGAUUAAAAAGGCACGAAAGAAGCAGUGGAAUGAGCCCAGGAACUGUGCUCGGAGAUACCUCAAAGUGGACUUUGCUGACAUCGGUUGGAGUGAAUGGAUUAUAUCACCUAAGUCGUUUGAUGCCUACUACUGCUCAGGGUCCUGCCAGUUCCCCAUGCCAAAGGCUCUGAAGCCCUCUAACCAUGCUACCAUCCAGAGCAUAGUGCGGGCAGUGGGCGUCGUCCCAGGCAUCCCUGAGCCAUGUUGUGUCCCAGAGAAGAUGUCAUCCCUCAGCAUCCUCUUCUUUGAUGAGGACAAGAAUGUGGUGCUAAAAGUCUACCCCAACAUGACUGUAGAUUCUUGUGCCUGUAGAUAGUUUUGUUUCCUUCAACGCCUGUUCUCAUAAAACUCAUGUCAUACAGAAAAGAAAAAAAAAGUCAACACAUGCAGCCAGAACAACUUUUUCUCCUCCUGUUUCUUAAAUUAUACUCUCAUUCUCUUACAAACACCCAUCAAAUGCAAUUUACCGUACCUUUUGCACUGGAGGAGAGUACUUCCUGUUGUUCCAGGUGAAGAGGAGACUGGUGUGUUCAUCGGAAGGAAUGGAUCAUGUGCGCUAUCCUUGUGGAAGAUAACUGAAAUGGAAAGUCAAAUCUCUAUGCUCCAAUUUCACCAUAGGCACCACUGUCCAUCUUUAUGUCUUCAUCAUAUCUGCUCAGUUAUCCAGUGGGCGAGAGCAGGGUGAAUACAAUCAUAAACUCACUAUCAAGACAUAGAAAUACCAAUGUGGCAUAAGAGAAACAAAAACCGAAGGAAAAAUCACUUUCCAGGAAGAAUGACCUCAUUUUGACCUGAUGCCUCUGAGGGAGGUCAUUCUCAUCUUUCUCUCCUUCAUAGCUUGAAGUUGUCUUUGGUCAUUACCACAAAGUCAGACUCGCACUUGCAUGGUUUUUGUUACAAUGUGUAUGUAUUUAUGUCUGUACUAUCACUGUGUUAUUCACUAUAUGAGAAGUUAUUGUGUAAUUAUUGGCUUGGCUGCUAUAGAGAGAUAUAUUAGAUUCCAAAGCCAGAAUUAUGAUGUAGGCAGUACAGUAGAUAGCAGUACAUAUUUGUGUUAGAUCACUGCUCCAUCAUUGUACAGAACAGACAUUUUAAGAGUUUAUGACAUGUGGAAGUGUAAGCUACUUCUCUUUUGUGGUUUUCGUUAACAUUUGGAAUGGGGAAUAUUUUAGGAAAUCCAUUAUGCCAUUGCUUCGCCAACAAAACAUUCAAAUAAACUGCAGAUUUAAUUUGGAAAGACAAAGGGAUAAAGCAUGUCAAAAAGAGAAACUAUUGUGCUGCACAACAGCUAUAAGAGAAAUUUUGUUGAACCUGAUAAGUUCAGAAAUUAAAUACCAGUGGUAUUAACACCUCGCGACCCUGACGGAUAAGCGGUAUAGAAAAUGGAUGGAUGGAUGGUAUUAACACCAAUUAAUACCAGUGGUUUCAAUAAGUCUGAUAUCAGGCUGAACUUAUCUGUUUUAUUCAUUGUUAAAGUUCAGAACAUGUUUCCAUUACAUAAUGUUUAAAUGGAUUUGUCACAUUUACAGCAUAGAACUACAUUAAAUAAUUAAGAGACUAUUAUAAACUGCCAUAAUCUUCUAGAAAUCUGUUUUUAUCAACUGAGAUAUCAAGAAAGUAGGUCUAAAGUCAAUUUGCACUACUGGUCUGGAUUCGGUUUUGCUUUACAUUUCCUAAAGGCUUUUUUUUUUCUUUUGUCCAAAUUUUAUUUUCUUUUUUCCAAAUUUUAUUUUCUUUUUUCCAAAUUUUCAUUUAAAAUAUCCUAGUCCUCUGAUGACAAGGACAGCUCAUGAAAUGUUUUUGCUAAUGAUAGUGACAAAUGAAGUGAUGAAGAGAAAAAUACAAAGAAAACAAAAUGAGAUGUGUAUUAUGAGUCCCCUAAAAUAUGCUGCUGGUUUCAAUUGUAAUACCCAGCUUUCACCUUUAUCUUUUCAUUUAAUUUACCAUUUUUUAAAAAAUAAGAACCAAACAAUGAUGAGCAAUUCAUAUAAUAUAUUAAACGAUCCAGGAGAGCCAAUCUGUUUUCCUGUGUUGCAUAAGCCUUUAAUAUUACUGUACAGAGUUGGUUUUGCAUAAAUCAUUAGGGGUGUGUGUUAUUUGAUUACAUGUACUUUGUGUUAGGUCAGCAUUGACAUUAUUGUCACAGUUCAUAAGACCAAAUAUUUAUUCAAAGCAAAUAGACUGAAAUAUAGCAGCAAAUGUUUUUUUUGUUUUCAUAGAUUUGUACAUGUUUUUGUAUAUAACUCACUAUAUGCUGAUGACAUUCUAAUGUCUCCCUGAGAUAGAAGUGCCUUUUGAACAGAUGUAUUAUGCUUUUCAAAAACUGUUUUAAUUCGUCUCCUGUUCAGAAGAGUUCAGUCCUUCAGAGAACUGAGCUCAAUUUGCAAAGAAACUGAAGUUAAAGCAAGCAGCUGAGAAUAGUGUUUUAAUGGUACAAAAUAGUCUACAGUGAGUGAACAUUUGCUUUUUCUUUUGAUAAAUAUGACCACCAGUGAAACUUAAUUCAGAAUGUAUUUCAAAUAAUUCACUAUUUUGAAAUUUCAGAGACAUUUAUUUUGUGUCAAUAGCUAUGAGCAGAACUUUAUAUAUUUUGUACUGAUACUUUUCCAGUUUGUGCCUCCUCCACCAGUACGGAUUUAAAUAAGUCAUGCUAUAGAAUGGAGUGGCUCCCACUGGUUGCCAAUACAACACUGCUGACAUGAUGACUGCAUACAAGUCAUUUUUGGAGCUUUUGCUUUUGCUGCAUUUGAGAGCCAACCCCCUUCUGAACUUCGCUAAUGUCUUUUGAAGUCCAAGCAUCAACUAAGCAGUGUGUCAGCAGAUUAUUAAGGCUUAUUCUACUUCACUGUUCAAACAUGUAAAUGUUAUGCUGUAGGUAAAAAAGAAAUGCUUGUACCAUAAGCUUCAUAAAAUAUAUUUGUAUAUGGAAAUGACCUUUAACAUGCAUCUAUUUAUUUUCUGAUUGUUGCAUAUCUUGUAGAGGUGUGGUCUGGGAAAGGGGGAUCAAAGCUCUGACAUGUCGAUGGUCUUUAUAUCUGUGAUGGACAUUUGUCACUACUGAUGUGAAGGUGUGGUGAACUAUUUAAAGGUCUCCCCCCUCUGAGCUCCGAUCAUCCUUACAAAGCAUUCAAAGAAAUUAAUAAAAGUAUGCAAGACUUCUAUCUA